UAUAAGGGACGACCCGCACGGCUUGGGGUGACUCUGGUCCUGCAGAAUCAUGGGGCACCACCAGCCAACCUCUUCCGCCAGCCUUCUCGUCUCCGUGGUCGCCAUCGUCACCAUCUCCUGCCUUCUCCCCAACACAGCCGCAGGUACCCCAAAACGAAUUUCUCCAGGCCUAGCACCAAAAUUUUUUAGGGGAUCCUGCUUGCAGUACGGCCACUCAUGCUGGGGAGCUCACGGCAAAAGAAGCAAUUUCCCGCCGAUGGCGCCGCCCUCGGCAGACUUUGCGCAGCCCGAGAUGUCUUUGGCGGCGCCAGCAGACGAGCCCCCUGCGAGUUGGGAGCCGCCAGAAGAGUCCUCGGCGCAGGACGAUUUGGCGCUAAAAGAACCGUGGCAACGACUUCGAAGUCCUUCUCACCUUCGAUUGGGACCGCGGGGGGUGCGCCGAGCCGACGAUGAUGUGGACUACGAAGUGCCACCCCCUCGCUGGAUUUAUAAAAUAAUGAGGCAGUCUGCAAGCAAAUCGGACUAGAUGAUGCGUCUUUGCUGAAGUUAUGAAACUCUUCCAAUAUGUAAUAUAAUAAACACACAGAAAAAAAACUUAUUUACUUUUGCUCUCCUGAACACCACCUCUUCACAGGCUGGCAUAGAUAGGGUGAAAAGGCGCUGUGCAGGAGAGCAGCCGCAGUAAAUAUUUUAACUAAAAUAUAUAAAUAAAUUUUGUUUUUCUAAAGACCCAUGAUUUUUAAACCCACCUCAAGUCAGCAGCGGCUGGGCUGCUGAUUACUUUAUUAGCUUCUUGUUCUGCAACCAAAACUCUUGCAGUGUGACCCAAUUGUCACCAUGCUAUUCAUGAUUUAAAUGUGUUACUUUAAUAACAAUAAAUAAUGAUGUAGUGCUUGGAAUAAAUUGAUUUGUUGACAGUUUGUCUCUGUGUUUAGCUAAUAAAGCAUUCAAAUAGA